AUGAUCUCUGGAUCUGUCACGAUCAUCUACGCAACAGAGACAACCACGUCCCUUCGACCGACCAUCAUUCAAGACCCUCGUCAACCCCCACCUCCUUCGAGCACAUAUACCAACCGCAAUGGGCUCCAUCCUUGGCAGAUUGGUCUUGCUGUGGCGCUGAUCUUGGCUCUGUUGGCGCUGUGUUUUGCAGCAGUGGUCAUGAUCUGGUUCCGGAGACGGAGGCAGGAGUUGAGAGAUCAGGAGGAUAAGAUUGCGGGUAGUCGUGAGCCCUGGAAUGAUCCUGCCACCGCUGCUGCUGUGAUGGGGGCUUCUUCUGGAGGCGGUGGUGGUGGAGCUGCAAGUGCGGUGGGGAUUAUGCAUACUGAUUGGCAUGAGUAUAAUAAGGAGGCAAAUUUGAUGGCAGCAGCCGCAGGAGACAGUCGUGCUAUGUCAAGCAUGGAUGGAGGGUACCAUCACGUCCAGCACCAUCACCUCGACACUCGUUACGGCCCCAACGGAGAGUUGAUGUUGAUCGGGUACGCCGACCCUUAUGGCGGCGGGAGUGGUAAGGACAUGACGGACUAUAUGGGUGAUCACAGUCGCGCGUUUAAUGGAAGCGAUGACUACGGAUUGGGAUUGGAUUAUGCAAUGGGCUCUGAGAUUGGUGGCGGCGCGGAACUGGCAAGUAACAGCGGGAGCUUGGCAGGUGACCAUUUAAGUUACAGCGGCAGCAGCAGAUACCCGAUCCCCCCACCACUACAGCGGCAGUAUGUCUCUUCUAACCACCCACAGGAAUCGCAACCUGUCUCACCGGUCCCGCGAGUGUCGUAUGAGGAUGAUUACCAUGCAGCGGUCGCCCACAGGCAACAGCUUCAACAACAGCAGCAACAACAGCAAUCUCGUGUUUGUUAUCCUUUGCCACCACCCACAGCAACGAGCGCAUCUCGCCAACCUAGUAGGGAUGAGCUCGGAACAACGACCAGUGGAACCACAGAGGCUACUGAGGAAGGCGCUGCAGACGAUUACAGAUUGAAUCUUGAGAAGUACUCCAAAGUCGAGCAUCGGCGACAAUCGCCUCAUGCUCUAUUAGUACUUGGUCACCCGGCUGGCAAUCAGGAUGGAGAGAUUGGAGGAGAAGCAGCAAGUCCUAGUGGGAUUGUAGCGUCGCCACUAGAUGGGCCCAUACCCAAUGCGAUAACUGGAGAAGGAAAAGAAGGGGCCUAUCGCCGGGAUGAUCUAACUCCCGAACCCGGUUCCAGUUCAGGCCAAGGGGGUGAUGGUGAUGGCGGUGGUAGUCACGAACGCGGGUCUUCGACUCCUGGCGAGGAGACGGCGGCUGUCCGGAGCUACCUUGACCGACUCAGGGUAGACUCGUAG